UGCCAUUCGGCCAUCUUACAUUUCGCCAUGGCGUACGUCUUUCGAUUCGGAUUAAAAAAGAGUGUGGAGGGAGCUUCACUAAAAGUUCUUCAAAAUGCCCGCCUUAUACACAGCUCGCCACUAUCAUGGGCUCUACAGAAGGUUGCUAUGAGCAAGUUUGAAACAGACAGGAAUCUACCUUAUGAGAAACUACAAGACAAUCUGAAUAUUGUUAAGAAAAGGCUAGGCAGACCCCUUACAUUAUCUGAGAAGAUCCUGUACAGCCAUAUAGAUGACCCUCAAAACCAAGACAUCGUACGUGGUGAGAGCUACUUGCGUCUACGACCAGACAGAGUUGCCAUGCAGGAUGCCACUGCACAGAUGGCCAUGCUACAGUUCAUAUCCAGUGGUCUCCCCAAGGUGGCUGUACCAAGUACCAUACACUGUGAUCAUUUAAUUGAGGCUCAGGUUGGAGGUGAUAAAGAUUUAGCCAGAGCAAAGGACAUCAACAAAGAAGUGUACAACUUCCUUGCCUCAGCUGGUGCCAAAUAUGGUGUUGGCUUCUGGAAACCUGGCAGUGGAAUCAUCCAUCAGAUUGUCCUGGAGAACUAUGCUUUCCCAGGCCUUUUGAUGAUUGGUACAGACAGCCACACCCCCAAUGGAGGGGGUCUGGGGGGUCUCUGUAUUGGUGUGGGUGGUGCUGAUGCUGUAGAUGUCAUGGCUGAUAUACCCUGGGAACUGAAAUGCCCAAAGGUGAUUGGAGUGAAGUUGACAGGAGAGUUGAGUGGGUGGACCUCCCCAAAGGAUGUUAUCCUCAAGGUGGCAGGUAUCCUCACAGUUAAAGGAGGCACAGGAGCCAUUGUGGAAUACUUUGGCCCAGGCUUGGACUCCAUAUCAUGCACAGGUAUGGGUACAAUAUGCAACAUGGGUGCUGAAAUAGGUGCCACAACAUCUGUGUUCCCCUUCAACCAUCGUAUGAAGGCAUAUCUUGAUGCCACCAACAGAUCAGGUAUUGGUGAGGCUGCUGAUGAGGUGAGGCAAGACCUCCUGGCUGCAGAUGAAGGAUGUCAGUAUGAUCAGCUUAUUGAGAUUAAUCUAAGUGAGUUGGAACCCCAUGUCAAUGGUCCAUUCACCCCUGACUUGGCACAUCCCAUACAGAAGCUUGGAGACAGAGCUAAGAAGAAUGACUGGCCUUUGGACAUCAAAGUUGGUCUGAUUGGAAGUUGUACCAACAGCAGCUAUGAAGAUAUGAGCAGAUCAGCAGCUAUAGCCAAGCAGUGUUUGGAUAAAGGUAUCAAGGCCAAGGCUGCAUUCACAAUCACACCUGGCUCAGAACAGAUCAGAGCUACCAUUGAAAGAGAUGGACAAGCAGCUGUGCUUGGAGAGGCAGGUGGUAUGGUGUUGGCCAAUGCAUGUGGACCUUGUAUAGGACAGUGGGACAGACGGGAUGUCAAGAAGGGUGAAAAGAACACCAUUGUUACAUCAUACAACAGGAACUUCACUGGUCGUAAUGAUGCUAAUCCUGCCACUCAUGCAUUUGUGACAUCACCAGAGUUAGUCACUGCUAUGGUGUUCUCAGGGCGUCUUGAUUUCAACCCACUUACAGAUGAACUUACUGCCCCUGAUGGUUCCAAGUUUAUGCUAGACACACCAUAUGGUGAUGAGCUUCCCUCCAGUGGCUUUGACCCAGGUCAGGACACAUACCAGGAACCACCAGCAGAGGGCUCUAGUCUCCAAGUGGAUGUAUCGCCUGAAAGUAAACGUCUCCAAUUACUGACACCAUUUGACAAAUGGUCUGGCAAAGAUCUGGAAGAUAUGGCUGUUCUAAUCAAGGUUAAGGGAAAAUGUACAACAGAUCACAUCAGUGCUGCUGGUCAGUGGUUGAAAUACAGAGGACAUCUUGACAAUAUAUCAAACAAUUUACUCAUAGGUGCUGUAAACUCAGAGAAUGGUGAGAUUAAUAAGGUGAAGAAUAAUCUGACUGGAGAGUAUGGUGGUGUUCCAGAUGUGGCCAGACAUUAUAAGGCUAAUGGACUUCCGUGGGUUGUCGUGGGGGAUGAGAACUAUGGGGAGGGCAGCAGUAGGGAGCAUGCUGCUCUAGAACCAAGACAUUUAGGAGGCAGAGCUAUCAUUGUAAAGAGCUUUGCAAGAAUACAUGAAACUAACCUCAAAAAGCAAGGUAUGCUGCCCCUUACAUUUGCUGACCCUUCAGACUAUGAUAGAGUCCAACCCACUGACAAAAUAUCUCUAGUAGGACUAGCAGACAUUGCCCCAGGAAAGCCUCUGCAAUGUGUAUUGAAGCACAGUGAUGGUAGCUCAGAGAACAUUACAUUAAAUCAUACCUUUAAUGAGCAACAAAUUACCUGGUUCAAGGCAGGCUCAGCUCUCAACAGAAUGGCAGAGCUACGCUAA